CGCGCGCGCGCGCGCGAAGGCGUGAGGACGCGGGCGGGCCGUAGAGAGCGUUCAGCCAUCUGUAUACCUCUCUGGACUCCACAUAGUCCCAUCACUGGGUUGAUGUCUAACCAUGCAUCGGAGACCAAGAGGACUUAAUGCUGGGCUUAUUCUGCUCCUUACUCAAAUCUUCCAAGUUGGGGUCAACAAUAUUCCACCUGUCACCCUGGCAACUUUGGCUGUCAACAUCUGGUUCUUCUUGAGUCCUCUGAAGCCGCUGCUUAGCUCCUGCCUUAGCGUGGAGACAUGUUACCAGGAGAAAGACUGGCAGCGCUUACUGCUCUCCCCGCUUCACCAUGCGGACGAUUGGCACCUGUACUUCAAUAUGGUUUCUAUGCUAUGGAAAGGAAUCCAGCUGGAAAGAAGACUAGGAAGCAGAUGGUUUGCCUACGUUAUCACCACAUUCUCCCUCCUCACUGGGGUGGUGUACCUGUCCCUGGAGUUUGCUCUCGCAGAAUUUAUGGACGAACCUGGCUUCAAAAGGAAUUGCGCCGUAGGGUUCUCAGGAGUUUUGUUUGCUCUGAAAGUCCUUAGCAACCAUUAUUACCCUGGAGGCUUUGUCAACGUUUUGAAUUUUCCUGUCCCCAUCAGAUUUGCCUGUUGGGCAGAACUUGUGGCAAUUCAUUUAAUCUCUCCAGGGACUUCCUUCGCCGGGCAUCUGGCCGGGAUUCUUGUUGGACUCAUGUACAUCCACGGGCCUCUGAAGAAAAUCAUGGAAAUGUGCGCAGGCAUUUUUUCUUUCAAUACUGGUGACCGAAGACAGCAACACUAUUUUAAUAGUUCAGGUCACUCUGGGUUUGGGGGUUAUUACCCCUACAGCAGGCCAGGCUACCAGGAGGCGGGGCCCAGGAGCUAUGACGCCUACACAGCAGGCCUGAGCGAGGAGGAGCAGCUGGAGCGGGCGCUGCGGGCCAGCCUCCAGGACCACGGAAACAACAGAAGUACCCCGCCGCCCUACGGGUUCUAUCUGUCACCAGACGAAGAAAUGAGGAGAAGACGGCUUCAGAGGUUUGACCGCCAGUGAGGACGCUCAGCGUCAGCGUCUUGGGCCAACGUGCUCCAGCAGUGUAAUUAUCAUCCAUUUGGUUCAUCUCCCUAAACCCUAAUUCAUUUCAAACAGAGGCAGAGAGCACGGUUC